GAAAACUUAGUAUUGAUUCCCAUGUCAGGAGGAAGUUCAAAGGAUGCACCCUGAUGCUAAACAUCGGCUAUCUUAAAUGUUGGUCUAAUCAUUAUUAUAAAGCAGCAAAAUCAACUGCACACUUUGAGGCCUUCUCACAAUGCCUUUUGGUAGAGGCUCUGAGCUGCUCGACCAGCACACAGGCCUCGAGGUCAUUUGAGACUCCAGCCCAAAACUUUGCCCCGAAAAUCCGAUCAAGCAGCCACAUCAACAUCGGGCCCUGCAGCUCGAAUGAGGGCGACACAUCUGUAUUAAGCAAUGAAACCACUUCAUAUAUUGGAAAGCUCUCAGAUCCAAUGGAGGACAAAAAUAAAUUUCUUGAAGUAAUGCCUACAGAUGACUCGCAGAUGAAACAGAUGGUGGUUGAGCUUGAUAAAGGCAUGAUUAACUCAUUUGUUCUGUGUUUAGAGGAGCAGAAGUUGAUCAGAUCAUUUCAGCAAGAGUUGAAUUAUUUAAAAGAAGAAAACAAAAAAGUGAGUAUUCUAUUGUUGCAUAUGGUAAAAGCAAAAUUGGGGAUUUUCAUACUCAAUUCUUUUCUCUUUAUAAAGCCUUCACCAUUACAUUUUCGGAGAAUGGGGCGAUAUGAUUGUUACCGGACGCUAUGUACAACCAGUACAAUAUCAUGUGCCGCUGCUCUGUACUUUGACAAGAAAGAAGGACGCAAAUACGAGGUUACCAUGAAAUCGAUAGAUAACCGCCUCCACUUUGCAGAUGGGUGGGAACUCUUUGACAUCCGCAAGGAGUACACGCUUUUCUUCGAAUGUACAAGCCUGACGAACUUCACAGUCACGGUAGGGACAUAUAAUGGUGUUGAAAGGCGUCCACAGUAUCGGUUCACAUUACACGUGAAGAGAAUGCAUGUUCAACACGCACGCUUCGUAACCCACUUAACUCCUCUCCAUAAUAUAAUGCAAUUAUUAAUAUCAUUGGAUUUUCGGCAGCACAUUCCAAUGAGCUUUUGGAAGUCGCACAUCAAAAACAAAAUAAGAGACACUAGGCUGGCUUGUUUGAUGUUUAAAGGGGUUGUCUAUUCGCUUCAAGUGAUCGAACGACAUGGUAAGAAAUUGAUGGAACAUGGCGGCGCUAAAGAAUUUAUAGAGCAUGUUGAGAUUGUCGAGGGAUCAAUAUGCAGUUUCACGUUGCUUCCAGCUCCUAAUCUAUCAUUUAGGGUGGUUGUG